GAUUUUGCCGCGAACGGUUGUCUUUGGCUGCGCAUUUGUCACGAGUAUUUGGUGUGCCCGUUUAAUUCGUUUCAUAGUUUAUAUUGUCUAUAGAGUGUGGGGACACGCACCCACGCAGUUAGCAAACGAGCAAGUGUUUAAUAGAACCUCCGUCAAAGGCAGGCAGCAGUCAAGAUGUCGAAACCACAAUCGGACGCAGAUCGCAGGAAGCAGAUUUCGGUGAAGGGCAUCGCUGAGGUGGGCAACGUAACCGAGGUGAAGAAGAACUUCAAUCGCCACCUGCAUUACACUCUCGUCAAGGAUCGCAAUGUGGCCACACUGCGUGAUUACUAUUUCGCACUUGCGAAUACCGUCAAGGACAAUAUGGUCGGACGCUGGAUUCGCACACAGCAGCAUUACUACGAGAAGGAUCCCAAGCGUGUCUACUACUUGUCGCUGGAGUACUACAUGGGCAGGUCGCUGACCAACACCAUGAUCAACUUGGGCAUUCAGAGCGAGUGCGAGGAGGCCAUGUAUCAGCUGGGCCUUGACAUUGAGAACCUGGAGGACAUGGAGGAGGACGCUGGCUUGGGCAAUGGCGGUCUGGGCCGCUUGGCUGCCUGUUUCCUGGACUCGAUGGCCACCUUGGGCCUGGCUGCCUAUGGCUAUGGCAUACGCUAUGAGUACGGCAUCUUUGCCCAAAAGAUCAAGAACGGCGAGCAGGUGGAGGAGCCUGAUGAUUGGCUGCGCUAUGGCAAUCCCUGGGAGAAGGCACGUCCCGAAUUCAUGCUGCCAAUUAACUUCUAUGGUCGUGUCAUUGAUACGCCCGAGGGCAAGAAGUGGGUGGACACCCAGCGAGUGUACGCCAUGCCCUACGACAAUCCCAUACCCGGCUAUGGCAACAACCAUGUGAACACGCUGCGCUUGUGGUCCGCCAAGUCGCCCAUUGACUUCAAUCUGAAGUUCUUCAACGAUGGUGACUACAUUCAGGCUGUGCUGGAUCGUAAUCUGGCCGAGAACAUCUCUCGCGUGCUGUAUCCCAACGACAACUUCUUCGAGGGCAAGGAGCUGCGUCUGAAGCAGGAGUACUUCAUGUGCGCCGCCACACUCCAGGACAUCAUUCGCCGCUACAAGGCGUCCAAGUUCGGUUCGCGCGAGGCUGUGCGCACCAACUUUGAUCACUUCCCCGAGAAGGUUGCCAUUCAGCUGAACGACACGCAUCCAUCGUUGGCCAUUCCCGAGCUGAUGCGCAUACUGAUUGACGAGGAGCAUCUGGACUGGGAGAAGGCCUGGGAUAUUGUGGUGCGCUCUUGCGCCUACACCAACCACACAGUGCUGCCCGAGGCGCUGGAGCGCUGGCCCGUGUCCAUGCUGGAGUCGAUACUGCCACGCCACUUGCAGAUCAUCUACCACAUUAACUUCCUGCACAUGGAGAAUGUGAAGAAGAAGUUCCCCGAGGACUUGGACCGCAUGCGUCGCAUGUCGCUGGUGGAGGAGGACGGCGAGAAGCGCAUCAACAUGGCCCAUUUGUCCAUUGUUGGCUCGCAUGCUGUCAACGGUGUGGCGGCCAUUCACUCGCAGAUUCUCAAGGACUCGCUGUUCCAUGACUUUUACGAAAUGGACCCCAAGAAGUUCCAGAACAAGACGAACGGCAUCACUCCGCGUCGCUGGCUGUUGCUGUGCAACCCCGGCCUGUCCGACCUGAUUGCCGAGAAGAUCGGCGACGAGUGGCCAGUGCAUUUGGAUCAGCUUGUGGCUCUAAAGAAGUGGGCCAAGGAUCCCAACUUCCAGCGCAAUGUGGCUCGCGUCAAGCAGGAGAACAAGCUGAAGUUGGCUGCCAUUUUGGAGAAGGAAUACGGCGUCAAGGUGAACCCCGCCUCCAUGUUUGAUAUUCAGGUGAAGCGCAUACACGAGUACAAGCGCCAGCUGCUCAACUGCCUGCACAUCAUCACCCUGUACAAUCGCAUCAAGAAAGAUCCCACCGCCAAUUUCACGCCACGUACUAUUAUGAUCGGUGGCAAGGCCGCUCCCGGCUACUAUGUGGCCAAGCAAAUCAUCAAGCUGAUCUGCGCCGUUGGCAAUGUUGUUAACAACGAUCCCAUUGUGGGCGACAAGCUGAAGGUCAUCUUCCUGGAGAACUAUCGCGUCACACUGGCUGAGAAAAUUAUGCCCGCUGCCGAUUUGUCCGAGCAGAUCUCGACCGCUGGUACUGAGGCAUCCGGCACCGGUAACAUGAAGUUCCAGCUCAAUGGUGCUCUCACCAUCGGCACUCUCGACGGCGCCAACGUAGAAAUGGCCGAGGAGAUGGGCCUGGACAACAUAUUUAUCUUUGGCAUGACCGUUGUUGAGGUGGAGGCUCUGAAGAAGAAGGGCUACAAUGCCUACGAUUACUACAAUGCCAAUCCCGAGGUCAAGCAGGUUAUCGAUCAAAUCCAAGGCGGUUUCUUCAGCCCCGGCAAUCCCAAUGAGUUCAAAAACAUCGCAGACAUUCUGCUCAAGUACGAUCACUACUACUUGCUGGCCGACUACGAAGCCUACAUGAAGUCGCAGGACGCGGUCUCCAAGACUUAUCAGAAUCAAGCCAAAUGGCUGGAGAUGUCCAUCAACAAUAUUGCCUCAAGCGGCAAAUUUUCAUCGGAUCGCACCAUUGCCGAAUAUGCACGCGAAAUUUGGGGCGUCGAGCCCACCUGGGAGAAGCUGCCGGCCCCCGAGGAUCAGCAAUAAAUCAAUUAACAACAACAAUUCUCUUUUGAUAUAAUUUUAUUAUGCGUACACUUUACUUUUGUUAAAGUCAAAUUUAUUUAGGAGCCAAAGUGCAACACAACACAACAAAACAAAACAAAGCAACAUUUAAGAGUUAACUGAAAGCGAAAUCCAAAUUUUAAGCUAGCACUAAGCUAGCAAUAUGUACAUCGAUCAAAAAUCGGGCUAAUUGUUACAACCUAUACAACUAUUAAAUACUAUUUUAUUUAAUAAAAUUAAAUAACAAAUUUAUUGCUAAUAUACAAAUUAAUUAAAAUGUUUUAACUACAAUUGUGUACAAGCAAAAGUACCUCUAGCCAUAAGACCUCAGGAACACUUUCAAAGUAAUAAACAUUUUAAGAAUAUCGCAAGUUUGUGCAAAGCUUCUUUAGAUAUGGAAAACAAAUACUUAUGCGUGUUAAAUAAAAGUUCAACUGUUACAACUAAA